AUAACAAACGAUAGCAUCCCGGAUUUUCUGCGCAAACGUAUUCUGAUAAUUUGUAAAACCAUAUUAGUCAAAUGGAAACCGAAUGCAACAUCAAGUUCAUUCCUUUGGCGGAUAUCCACACAACCGUAUUCGCAUCUUUUUGGUACUCUCCACGUGGCUUACACUCAUGUGUGGCCACACAUUGAUCCAGUCGUCAAAGACACCUUUUUCGCUGCUGAUCAUAUUUAUUUUGAACUGGACUUAAUGGAUCCAGCUACGCUGGGAGAACUCGCAAACUGUCAGUUGUUACCGCAGGAUAAAGAUUUAACUGAUCUGCUGUCACCUGAGCUCAUCAAUCGUCUGGAUUCCUAUAUAACUCGCACCCGGCUGUCAAUGUCAAGAGACUUGCAGCACUCAAACUUCGCCUACGUCCGGUAUUUGUUAGAUUUGAUUGCAAAGGAUUGGAAAUGGAAAAGACCCAUGUGGAUCUUGUUUCUGCUUACUGGUCUGACGCGUGGAGAAAUUGCAGACCGCGGGGUGCCUGUAUUGGAUUUAUUCAUGGCUCAACUUGCACAAAGGUUGGGAAAGCAGUGGGGAGCUGUGGAAGAAGUAACGGAUCAGUGCGAUCCGCUAAAUGGAGUGCCAGACAAA